GGGCAGGGGCCUUGCGGUGAUUGGUUCCGCCCAGGCGCGAAAUGUAACGCGGGAAAAACAGGAGCAGGGACCCCGGCGGCAGGUUGUUAUUUUCGGGGGCUCGGCGCCGCGCGUCUAGCUUCCCUGUCAUCGCAAAGGCAAGCCGCCCGCUGCUUCCCGCAGCUGCAGCCUGCGUUGGAGAGUACAAACAGCGGAGAGCGGGUCUGACCCAAGGCUUGGGGGUCCAGCCCUGACCGUCUGGUCCGGCCGAGCCGUUCUGUUCCUUCGCUGGCCGCAGCGCAGAAGGGUUCCAGGAAACGUUCGCUUGCCAUGAGCCGGCGGGACUGAGAGCCGGCAAGACUGAGAGCCAGCAACUCGGAGCAGCGCCGGCGAGCGAAGCAAGGACCAGACCCGGGCUCGGGGACUGCGGCCCACGGCCGCCGGAGCUGCGGAUCCGGGCCAGGCAAUGAUCCGGGGUGUGGAGGCGCAGAUGGCGGACAACGCCCCUCAGCCGCCGCCCGUCAUCUUCUGCCAGGACUCCCCGAAGCGGGUGCUGGUGUCGGUCAUCAGGACGACCCCGAUCAAGCCCACAUGCGGCGGCGGAGGGGAGCCAGAGCCGCCGCCUCCGCUCAUCCCCACCAGCCCUGGCUUCAGCGACUUCAUGGUGUACCCGUGGCGCUGGGGCGAGAACGCGCACAACGUGACGCUCAGCCCCGGAGCCUCCGGGGGCGCAGCCUCGGCUGCCUUGCCUGCCGCCGCCGCCGCCGAGCACCUGGGGCUUCGUGGACGGGGCGCGCCGCCGCCCACCGUCUCGGCCGCCGCCGCCUCGGGAGGUGAAGACGAGGAGGAGGCGAGCAGCCCGGACAGCGGCCACCUCAAGGAUGGAAUCCGACGUGGUAGACCUAGAGCAGAUACUGUACGGGAUUUAAUAAAUGAAGGAGAGCAUUCGUCCAGCAGAAUCCGUUGUAACAUCUGUAAUAGGGUGUUUCCACGGGAGAAAUCACUCCAGGCUCACAAAAGGACUCAUACAGGUGAGAGACCUUAUCUGUGUGACUACCCAGACUGUGGAAAAGCCUUUGUUCAAAGUGGACAGCUCAAAACCCAUCAGCGUCUUCACACCGGAGAAAAACCUUUUGUUUGUUCAGAAAACGGCUGCCUAAGCAGAUUCACCCAUGCAAACCGCCACUGUCCGAAGCACCCUUACGCCAGGCUGAAGCGAGAGGAGCCCACAGAUGCUCUCAGUAAGCCCCAGGCUGUGGACAACCAGGCUGCUGCUGAGUGGUUGGCAAAGUACUGGGAAACACGGGAGCAGCGCACUCCCACCUUGAAAGGCAAGCUGGUUCAGAAGGCUGACCAGGAGCAGCAGGACCCGCUGGAGUACCUCCAGUCUGACGAGGAAGACGAUGAGAAGAGCGGUGCGCAGCGGCGGCUCCAGGAGCAGCGGGAGCGCCUGCACGGAGCCCUCGCCCUCAUCGAGCUCGCCAACCUGACGGGAGCCCCGCUCCGCCAGUAGCCGGACACUGACUCUUCCACUGUACAAAAGUACUGCCCAGCGUACUUAAAAAGUAGAUCCUUGGGCAUAAGCUAAGCACCUUAUUUGCUUAUCAUAGGCUGCUAUUCUGUAGAAAUGUAUGAAGAAUGUCGUUGCCCCAGAAUAUGGGGUGAGAGAGAAUUGCACUUUUUUUAUAUGGUCAUAGAUUUGUUGUAAAGUUUAAAAUAUUUUGUAAAUAUGGGACUUCUAGUACAGGGUAGAAAACUACGUAUUGUGGGAGGCUAGAUUUUGCAAGUUUAAUGCAUUCAUUGGAAGCAGUUCUCACAGAAAGCACUUUCUGAAUAAGACACUUGUAUGGGGAAAAAAAAGCAUGGUACAUGUAGCCAAAGAAGGUUUAAAUAGAUUAUUUAUAAGAUCAUUUUUAACAAUGUAUAUUAGUAUGUUUAACAAUACUGUAAACACUGAAGCAAGCAGAAAGCAUAAGUUGUGAGUAAGGUAUAUAUUUUAAAAUUGCAAAACAGUGUGCCUAAUAAGACUAGCGAUGGAAAACUGACUUCCAGAAGACUUUCUAACUUUGGGACUUUGUAAGAAAACAGAUAUUUGAAAAUCUUGGUAAGAUGAACAGUAGUUAAGAAUUUUCAAAACUGGAGUGAAAUCAGUCUUAUUCUAUCUUUCUGAGGUUUUACAACUCACUAUGAUGUUUAGAUUUGAAAGCACUUGUCACCCCUAGCUUGUUAACUUGGGAACUUUUGCACAUUUCAUGUUUCUCAUUUGCUGAAAUUGAAUGAUUAAUCUUGCAAAGUCUAGGUAACUUGGUAAUCGGUAUUUUAAAAAUAUAUUAUGGGCCCUGUAAUGAGAUUUGGCACUUGGAUUUUUAUUAAUAAAAGGGACAUCUACAGGGUUGUUUUGUAGUGAACCGUUUUAGAUCUUUUGUUAGCAAACACUAAAUUUAAAUGUACUGCUUGUUUAGAAUUAUUAGCAAAUGGAAGCCUCCUAUUUAUAUUUUCAGUGCAUAAAGCCACCUUCUUGCUUUACUUCAGAAUAACAUGCCAAGCUAUUUUGUGUUCACUAAAUUUAGCUAUCAGUUAAACACUGCAGAAAAUAUUAGCUACUCAAAUAAGUAGGCUUCCGGAAUAGUUUUAACUGCAAGUGUGUUAACUUGUGUGGUGGUUUUAAAUAAUUUUUUCCAAAAUAGAUGAAGUUUUUAAACACCACUUUAUGUACUGAAGCAUGAAUAGAAAAAUGAAGAGCUGAGUAGUUCACCUCCUUUAUGUAGGCAUAAACUUCCAUCAUUUUAGCUUGUUUUAAGCAGAAACUAAAUAACAUGCAUAGCAUGGUAAUUUUAUAGAUUGCUUAAUUGGAGUAAAUGUCACAAUAAGGGAAAUAAGGGCUCGUCAGUGCCUUUCUUUCUUUUUUUUUGUAUUGAAGUAGUAGCCUACAGAUGUAGUUUAAACAUCUAAAAUGUAGGCUUCUGUAUCUCAAAAUCCCAACAUGUUGCAGUACACAGAUAGUUUAAAAUAUGUAGCCAUGGGGAAGGGGAUGUAUGUAAAUGUCUUGAAAUGAGGCAAAAGUAUGAAAGAUAAUAGUAACAAAUAAUGUGUAUGAUGAGGACAUACUUUAAAAAUGUAAUUCCUCUGUACAGUAAAUUACAAAUCUUGAGGGAUUUUUUUUAAUAAGAGAAUUUAUAUUUGUAAUGGUCUAAGAAAUUUUUUUUGUAAUCUGGUAUAUAGAAUUUUAACUUGGAGCACUUAUGAGCACAGUAAGAGAGACUAUAGCAUCUGAACUUUCUUGGUUUAGGUUUCAACAUUUUUCUCUAGAAUUUUUCCUCUCAAAGAUGACUUAAAUGAACUCUAAAAAGCUUCAUCAGUCUUGGGAAAUUUAAUGAACUUACCUAAAGAAGGAAAUGCAGUAGGAAUUUAAGAAAUACAAAUUCACACAUAAUAAAAUUUAAGGUCUUCAAAAGUAAAGAGUUUUUGUUUCUCCUGUCAGCUUUUGUCAACUAUAAUAGUUAUAUUCACAAACAUUUUCUAUUUGUAUAAUUGGAAGUUUUAAAAAAUUAUUACAAUUAUUUACUAUAGAAAUAUUUAAAAUGUUCCUUUCUUGAUAUAAGCUAUAUAUUUGGACAAAAUACAUUGGCAUCUAAAAUUUGAGGUGUGUUAAAAAUGUGGUUUACAUUCAAAUUUUUGAAGUGUUUUAUGCUUCAUAUGGCUAAGUUGUAGUUUGGCAGAGUUAACAGCAUAAGAAUAAACAGCUCUAAUUUUAAAAAGUUGCUUUGAAUAAAAACUUUAAUUUACAGUUUAAA